AAUUUUUCGUUGGAUUUUUCUCUCUCUUGUCAAUUGAAAUGACUAGCAGUGAGUGCAUUGAAUGUAUGCCUAUGUGUUGUGUUGAGCAGCAAAACAGCUCACGAGUGCAAUAGCAUUGGUGUGUGUGCUGUGUGUGUGUGUAUGCUAUGUAUGAGUGCUCUAAACGCCAGACACUCAGUGUAUUUGAGUGCUAUAUAUAUAAAAAUAUAUAUAAUAUAUAUAAAAAUAAUGUCUUCUCCAAAAACUCAAUGUAUGUCUUGAAAAGUGAAUGUCUAUAAAAUAUAAGACCAGAGACACCAACAACCAUCUCAUCCACACCAACAACAACAACAACAGCACAUCCGACGCCAAUCCAGCCAUUGAGUCGGUACGUCACGGGCCGGGCUUUAAUCUGGACGACUCAUCAAAUUCAUCGGGACGGAGCACACCAGGCAAGCCGACGACGCCCGGGCCACCGCCACCACCGAUGGGCGGAGGGCCGCCUCCGUCGGUACGCAUGAAUAGUUACCCGUCACAUAUAUCUCCCGGUUAUGGUAACGGCAACACAAUGGCCACAAACAAUAACACUGCGUACGCUUACGGCAAUCAGUACGGCGGAAUGAACCACAAUAUGAUGCCUCCGCCCACCGGCUAUCCGACUAAAGGUAUGCCCCAAACGAAUCCCAACGGCGCCCAAGUAGCAGCUCAAGUGGCAGCCCAAGCGGCCGUCAUGGCUGCUGAACGGUCGGCCAGCUAUACGAUGAGGUCUUCGCCGCACACGUCAAUGUAUUUGAGACAACAUUUGCAGCAACGCAUGUAUGGACCGAGUGGCUACUCACCGCACGGUCCACCGGGGCCACCUAUGUCGCCAAUGGGACCGGGAGGUCCAAUGAUGCACGGYCCAGGACCUGGUAUGCAUGGUCCUCCACCGCCAAUGCAUCACAUGCCGCCAAAUGAGUCACGUGGGCCUCCCGGUGGUGAAAUGCCGCCAAACUCRGGCUAUCCAAUGAUGCCGUCGCAUAUGCCGAUGGCGCCGGUAAUCAAUGAUGCCAACGGACAGAUUUCCACAUCGGUCACACAAAGCAUAACGUGUCCACUGACGGCCACACCAUCGCUGUCCAACAGUAUCGCCGAAGUGCGAGGCGGUCCACAGCCGCCGCCUAUUUUAGAUGAGGCGAGUCAGGCGUCGACCACAUCUUCGCAAGCGGAGGACAGUUCAGACAUACCGACACCAAAACACAACUCUAAACCGCCGGGUCUUUCACAUCCUCCGACGCCCAACACAUUGGGAUCUCCGGGUGCCGCCAGUCUCUCAUCAUUUCACGAUGAAUUCGAAUCGGUUUCGAGUCCCAGUUGGCCCCGAACUCCCGCUAGUCCUGUUGUUAACAGUCAAGGCUAUGACUCUCACAGUGGGCAUAACGUUAAGCGUCCGGAUGGACUCAUGAAGCUAUACGACUUGUCCGAUGAACCCGAACGCCGUGUAUUUCUCGACAAACUAAUUCAGUUUCACGAAGAACGUGGAGCACCUAUAUCUCAAUGUCCGACAAUUAGUAAACUACCGCUCGAUCUCUUCCGACUCUAUAUGGCAGUCAAAGAGAGGGGCGGUUUUGUUGAAGUGACCAGAGGUAAACUCUGGAAGGAGUGCACCAUUAUCUGCAAUAUAGCCAACUCAUCGAGUGCUGCAUAUACUCUUAGAAAACAAUAUAUUAAACAUUUAUUUCCCUUCGAGUGUAAGAUUGAUAGGGGAGGUGUCGACCCUCAGCCCAUUCUUGCUUCGCUCGACGGAUCGAAUCGUAAGAAAAAUAAGAAUUCAGUGCCGCCGCCACCGCCAGAACAACCAUUUCCUCCACACACCGGUGGCCCACCAAAUAUGGACGGUUACGGUCCUCCUGGCAGUGGUUAUCCGUCACAAUCUUAUCCACAACAGAACUCAAUGUCAAACUCUGACUAUCCAUCUCAUCAACCUCCGCCUUCUCAUCAACCGCCACCCCAUCAUCAGCCGCCACCACAUCAUCAACCACCUCCUCCUCAGCAUCAUCAGCCGUAUCCGCCGCAAUCAUUUCCACCACAAAAUUCAAUGAAUAACUCUAAAUAUCCACCACAACAACAACACCCGUCACACCAGCAAAGUGGUUAUCCACAGCCGCAACCAUAUCCGCCAAAUUCAAUGCCCGCCGGAGCCGGAAUGCCUAACUCGGAAUACCCGCCAUCACAGCAUCAACAGGCAAUCCAUGCGCAACAGCAACACCAGCAGCAGUUGCCUCCACACCAGCAACACCCGCCUCAUCAGCAAUCUUAUCCACAACAACCCUAUCCGCCACCAAAUUCAAUACCUAAUUCCGAGUAUCCACCGUCACAGCAACAACAACAGCAAUCACAUCAACAACAUACUCAACAGUCUCCACAGCAACAACAACAGCAAUCUUUACAUCAGCAAUCAUAUCCUCCACAUCAUUCAGGGCCACCCCCUCCGCCUCACAUAAGCGGUCAAAAUCAGUCUUCAAUACAAUCGCUGACCAAUCAUAACGAGAGUAUAAGUGUAAAAGAUCCGUUUGCUGACGACUUACAACAACAACAACAACAACAACARCARCARCAGCAGCARCAACAACAACACCAGUCAGGAGGCUAUCCGUCCCGUUCUCACUCACAACAGCUGCCAACACAAAGUUCGGGCCUUCAAUCGCAAUCCGGUUCACAACCGCAAACCACACAAGCAAAUGAAUUUAAUAUUGCUGCUCCGACAUCACAAACCAAUCAUCCCAUACCAAACCAUUAUGGCCAGGAUUUUAAUGAGCCAUACAAUCGUCAAACAACUAGUGGCCAAACUGAUCCAUACGGUGCUCCACCACCACAAUCACAGGGUUAUCCACCUAAUCGUAUGUCUCAUCCAUAUUACGGUCAACAACAGGGAUAUGAUAGCCAUCGUGCGGAUAAUCGUUACGAUCCACAUCAUCCACGGCCGCCAUCACAAGAAUCGAUGUAUAGCCAACAACAACAACAACCAUCACAACCACCAGUGUCUGCUGCGAGCGCUGUUCAGCAUCCGACAAGAGGGCAAAUCCCUAUUGGUCAUUCUAGUGGUCAGCAGCCGCAACCACCACAUCCUGCAACUACUCCGCCAUCUUCUCAGACAAACUUUACGAGAGGCGGCUCAUCGCCAGUCGGUAGUGGACAAUACGGAGCAAUGGGUCAACAAAUAUCUUACACAAAUUCAACUCAAGAAUAUAAUAAGUCUAAUUAUGAUCAGAACGCAAUGUUAAGAAACCAAAGUCCUCUCAUUCAGAGACUUCUCACAGCAAAGAUAUCUCAAUCAAAUCAAAAUUAUUCCGGUUCUCAAUCGUUAUAUUCAAACGCCUCGUCAGCGCAGCCAAUGGGCGUUAUGUCGUCACAAAAGUCUGUUCCAACCACUGGUACCAAUCAAAGUCAGCCACCAGUCGUUCAAACACAGACAGGAACGACAUGGCAUCCAAGUGCACCGCCACCUCCAGCACCAUCUGGUAAUCAAUUUGUUCAGAAACGACAUCCAGAUUUUAUGAAACAAGACUUUUCACCAGUGAAUAACUCGUUCGGCUCGCAACAGCCGCCGAUUCCACCAACCGGUCCGUACCCAUCGUAUCCAUCGACUAAUAAUCGACAGACGCCGCCAAAUCCUCCCACGAGUCAGCCCCCGUGGACACGUGAUAAUCAAUAUCGAGCUUAUGGCCCAACUGGUUCUCACAUGCCUCCCAAAUCAGCAUCUGGUCCGCCAUAUUCUGGUCCACCCAUAAAUCAAAGCAGAGAAGAAUGGGAAUCCAUUCCACGCAUGGAUAACGGCGCCUCCAAUUGGCCCCAAAAUCGUUUUAGUUCACCACAACCAGUUCCGACGCCACACGAACUAUACUCUGGACCCACUCCUUUUGGCGGUAGUCAUGUACAAAAGUUAUCUAAUUAUGGUCCACGUGUUGACCCAACGCGUCCGUUUAUGCCGACUCCACCUAACAAAAUGCCGCCACAUAUGUUACCACCUCAUCCAUCUAUGGGACCGAUGCCAUACUCUCAGCCACAACCAACACAUCAUCAAAUGUUUCAUCCAAUAAAAAAAGAGAUUAUAUUUCCACCCGAUUCGAUAGAGGCCACUCAACCGACUCUAUCCAAACGACGGCGACUUUGUUCCCGUGACCUGAGCUCUGUGGAGGCCUGGAGGCUCAUUAUGUGUCUAAAGUCUGGUUUGUUGGCUGAGAGCACGUGGGCUCUUGAUAUACUCAGUGUCCUAUUACACGACGACUCUACUGUUGUGUACUUCGGAUUACAGCAUAUGCCAGGAAUGUUGGAGAUCUUACUCGAACAUUACAAGAGGUACUUAAGUGAAAUCUUUGACGGCCUGUUCGAUGACACAGAAAUCGGCUACGAAAGCAAACAGGCGCACAAAGAAGCAAAAAAUGGUAUAAUAGAAAAUACAAGAACUAAACUGUGGUACGAAAUCAACAAUGAUCUGAAUGAAAGUGAAAGCGAAGAGGAAAAACUGUCGACAGAAGAUGACGAACGCUGUACGACUCCCAAGAAGAUUGACAUUCCGCGGGACGAACAGUUGGUUCUUCUCAAUACUACUAACUUUACUUAUAAAUCACGUAAUGGAAAGUGUGUGAAAUUUAAGAUCGGAAGGUCACUAUAUAUUGAAGAUCCAGACAAGGAAUGGGAUCAAAUGAAAGUCGGAUUUACCGGUGGUGUCGAUCAUUGGACACAAGGCGGCAGUGAAAACACCGAUCACAUACAGACUUAUUUCGGUAGUGACGAAAACUAUUGUCGUUUUGUUAGAGUUAUGAAACGAAAUCGACGGCGAAAUCGAAAUACAAGUAUGAGUUGGAAUAAGAACAACACCUUUGCUGCUGAAGACAAGAUAACAUCACUGAAAAGUGAGGAUUGUUUGAUUGUCAACACAAAUGAGCCAAAAACUCGAUGCGAUGUCAAUAGUGUUGAGAUUAAAAUUGAUAAUAAAUUGACAGAAAGUGAUGACAAUAAUAAUACUAAUAAUAGUAAUAAUGUUGAAAAUAAUAUAAUAAUCAAUAACUGCGAUAAAGACAGUCUUCAGUCAGACGACAGCCAAUAUCCACGAAUACGUGAUUCAGAUUUGGAACGAUUCAACAAACGAAAACUUGUUGAAGAGUUUGAAGAAGAAUCCUAUGACAUGGAUGAGCCGGCCGUACAACUUGGCUAUGACUAUCAGGACUCACUGACCCGUCGGUGUCUAUGUUUAUCAACAUUGUUACGUAAUCUAUCGUUUGUUCCGGGCAACGAUGAACAUAUGUCCAAACAUCCGGGAUUACUGUUAGUGUUGUCACGAUUAUUACUUUUACAUCACCAACACAUCACCAAAAAACGACAUUUCGAAAAAUCCAUUGACGAAGAGCUGUUUGCCACCGAAACCGACAAAGAGAAGACGGAAAAGAUUGCUGAGAAGGAGUGGUGGUGGGAUCUGUUACAUACGGUACGGGAAAACACUUUGGUCACAAUUGCCAACUUGAGUGGACAGUUGGAUCUGUCGCCCUAUUCCGAACAGAUCAGUUUGCCUUUGCUCGACGGUCUUCUCCAUUGGUCAGUGUGUCCAUCAUCAUACGCUCAAGACACGCUGCCCAACGCCACCCAAUAUUUAUCACCGCAGAGGUUAGCAUUCGAAGCACUGUCCAAACUGUCGAUUCUUGACUCCAAUGUCGACCUCAUGUUGGCCACACCUCCGUGGAAUCGUAUCGAUAAACUGUAUCAAAAUCUUGCGCGAAGUCUCAGUCGACACGAAGAUCAGACCAUUCGCGAGUUUUCCGUUGUUUUAUUGUCUAACUUGUCGUCGGCCGACUCGUCAUCGGCCCGAGCGAUAGCGCUGACCGGUUGUGCCAUUCCAUUGUUGAUAUCAUUUGUAGAACAGGCCGAACAAUCGGCUCUACAAGUGGCCAAUUCACAGGGUAUUAACGCUUUGCGAGAGAAUCCCGAACUCAUGGGCACUACACUCGAUAUGGUGCGACGGUCGGCCUCUACUCUCCGGUGUUUAUCUCGUGUUCCCGACAAUCGCCAGUUGUUUUUACAGUUCCAGCAAAGACUGUUAGCUCUCGUUAUGUCACAAAUCCUCGAUCAAGGAGUGGCCGGCAUUAUAGCCGAUGUUAUUUACGAGUGUUCAUUGGCCAAAGUGUCCGAUGAAUUCAUCUUCAAUGAUGACACAGAAGAACCGGUAGAAGAGAAGAUCAAUAGUGUUAAAAGCAAUGAUAGCCACGACAGUAGUGAUGUAAAUAAUAAUGAAGAACAACACGAAAACAACUCAACCACCUCUGAUGACAAAUUGUCCUCAGAAGAAGUGACCAAUAAUGUUGCUGUCGAUGGUAUCGAUAACAAUAAUACGGUGACAGAAGCAGCAACUGAAUCAACAACAGUAACAACGACGACGACGACAACAACAACGCCAUCGACGACGACAUCGUCAUCAAACAGUACUGACUCUUCUGAAUUGAAUUCUUCAGAUACCAACUCUUAAGUUGUGUUGACUUCUAUGUUGUCUUUAAUGACAAUUAAUUUAAUUUAAUUUAUUUUGUUGUGAAAUAUUGAAUACAUUUUUUAUUUAAAAAAAAUAACAAACAAACAAACUUUUCACAAAACUCUAGUGAUUGCGUGCAUUAAAAAAACUAAUCAUUCAUUAAAAUUCAUUACUUUUUCAACAACUCUGGUGUGCCUCCAAACACUCCAAACAAACCAACCAACUCAUCAAAUGUUCAUUUUUUGGACACAUUUUUUUCAAAAAUUAUUCAACGAUUAAAAAAAAGACAUCAAAAAUCUUAAACAGUUUUUUCACACACAUUAUAUGACACCAUUUAUAUCACACAUUUUCAUUUGAUAAUUAUGUUUGAUAACAAUAUGACUCAAUUGGCGGCAUAGAUAUACAUAUAAAUAUGUGUGUGUGAAUCAAAAUUUUGUGACAAAAUAAAUUGUUGUUUUUUUCUUCAAAACAAAAAAACACAAAAUGUUUGUUUAACAACAAAGAAAAAAUCAUUUCAUUUGAACUAUUCAUUCAUUGAUUUUUUGACAGAUAAUUAAAAAAACUGUUACAACAAAACAAAUAAAUCACAUAAUUUGGAGCAUAAUUGCGAAAAUUAUCGAUAAAAUUAAAUAAGCAAAUAAUAAGUUUGUUAGGAAUUUAAUUGAUUCAAUUGCUAAUUAAUAUAUAUAUAUAUUAUACAAAUAUUAUUAAUUU